GUACAUUUAAAAGGUAUCCACCAUUUUUCUUAAAAAUAAAAUAUAUUCCAAGCAAAGUCAAAGCUCCAAAGCCACUUCAAAAUUUCAUCGGGAUCCAAAUGAGAUUCAGAAAAUUGAUUGGGACUCAAAGAAGGCCUAAACUUCUAACUUGGGCCCUCGCUCUUGACGGAGCUAUAAAACCCCUCCCCCCGGGCCAAUAACCACUCUUCAAAACCGCUUUAGCCAUGGCUCAAACCCACCCCUCCACCGAAACCGGCCCCGAAUACCACCCAUUUCCCACGGAAACAGCUCCUCAAGCCGGUUUUCCGGUGCGCAUUCGCCAGAAAAUUUCUGAAAACCUGGUUAUCCGGCGACCGUUGCCGGAAAUCAAUGGUGCCAUGGGUGACCUUGGCACCUUCAUUCCCAUCAUCAUAGCUGUAACCCUGGUCAAUGGCCUCGACCUCAGCAUAACUCUAAUUUUCACCGGCCUCUACAACAUAAUCACUGGUGUUUUCUUUGGAGUCCCAAUGCCCGUACAACCUAUGAAGAGCAUAGCCUCUGUAGCGGUGAGCACAGGUAAAAGCUUCACAGUGGGUGAAAUCAUGGCGGCUGGAAUUUUCACGGCGUCCACCCUAUUUCUGCUUGGGAUCACUGGAUUGAUGAGGCUCGCCUAUGCUCUGAUUCCAUUACCAGUUGUUCGAGGAGUUCAGCUCUCUCAAGGAUUAGCUUUUGCCCUAACUGCUGUGAAAUAUGUGAGAAAUAAGCAGAAUUUCUCAACUGGGAAGAGCACCGGCACUCGGCCAUGGCUAGGGCUCGAUGGCCUGGUUCUUGCCCUAGUUUCUCUCUGCUUCAUUGUUAUUGUCAAUGGAGCUGGUGAUGAAGAUUCUGACCUAGAUGAUGAAAGUGGUGCUCUGCCUACCACAAUUACAAACCCUAACCCUAACCCUAAUAAUUCUUCUCAUGAUAACAACACCACGAUCACUGCAACAGGUAGUUCUACUAAUAUCAGUGAUAAUUGUAGUACGAAUAGGAGAAUAUUUCCUAUUCAUUGGUUUCGGUUUAAUAAGAAUAAGAGUAGCAGUGGUGGUCCUAGUGGGGUUCAUACUGUUAUGAGGAGGCAGCCCGAGUUCAUGAGGAAAUUGAGUGGGAUUCCAAGUGCUAUGAUUGUGUUCUUGAUGGGCAUAGUGAUUGCAAUUAUAAGAGAUCCCAGUAUCAUAAAGCACCUCAAAUUUGGGCCAUCCAGCCUCAGCAUUGUGCACAUAACCAAGAAAGAAUGGAGGGAUGGGAUCGUGAAGGCCGCUAUCCCGCAGAUCCCGCUGUCGGUGCUGAACUCGGUGAUCGCGGUAUGCAAGCUAUCGAGCGAUCUGUUCCCCGGGAAGGAUUUCUCGGCGACGUCGGUGUCGGUGAGUGUGGGUUUGAUGAACCUGGUUGGGUGCUGGUUUGGUGCCAUGCCCUGCUGCCAUGGAGCUGGGGGCUUGGCUGGUCAGUACAAGUUUGGGGCUAGGAGUGGGGCUAGUGUAGCUCUAUUGGGUUUGGCUAAGUUGGUACUUGGGGUUGUGCUUGGAAACUCAUUUGUGAUGAUAUUGAAUGAAUUUCCAGUUGGUCUACUGGGAGUUUUGUUGUUGUUUGCUGGUAUUGAGUUGGCCAUGGCUUGCAGGGACAUGGGUUCCAAGGAGGAGUCAUUUGUGAUGCUGGUUGUGACCUCAGUUUCAAUGGUUGGGUCCAGUGCUGCCUUGGGGUUUGUGUGUGGGAUUGUUGUUUAUUUGUUGUUGAGGCUGAGGGAUUUGAGGUGCUUUUCUAGGAGCAGUGUUGAUGAACCUCUCACACAAAGUUGAAUUGAUUCCAGGGGAAUUUAUCAAAUUAUUCAUAAUAGAUGAAGUAUUUACUAUUUUAUGUGUAUCUUCUAAUUCAAUUAAAAAUAUCCAUAAAAAAAACACAUGAUCUUGAGUUGAAGCAGUUAGUAAUGAUUGAAAUAUUAAAUAUCUCAACUCUUGUGGGUAUUUUGAUCAAUUUCCUUUUAUUGUAUUGAAUAUUGGUUGAGAUGCUUUCCACUGUUUGCCCAAAAAUAGCAUUCAACUUUCCAUCGGAGUACCAUGGUGAGCUUCUCACCCAAAAGUUUGAAUGUAUAAGUUGUGUUUUUUUUGGGUCUUUUGUUGAUAUUGUGACAAGAAAAAGAAGGAAAGUUGUUCCAUUUGUGUAAAACUGUAAAUGUUGAACCAUCAUUUAUAUGCGAUCGAGUAAAAUGUUGAUUAAUAAAGGGUGCAAAAUAUUUUAAUGG